UGAAUCAAGUUCAGCACAUGAGUUGGACUCUGUGGCCUGAUGGAAAAUAAGGAGUGCUUUUUUACUGCUGCCCAGCACCUUUUGAAUGAUGAUUGCACCAAAUGUGCUUGUGGUUUUAUUCAUGUUCUUCUACAAGAUCUACCCAGUCAUCCUUUCUCAUCACUGUUCAGCAGCUGCCCCAGGUCCUAUACUGUGUUAUGGGCAUGUAUGGACAGAACCAGCAAAUAUCAAUCAAAUUGGGCAGGAUAUUUCUAUCAACUGCCAUUCUGAUAAAGAAUUUUGUGAAAAUGCCAAAAUAUAUAUGGACCUAAAUGAAGUCCGUGUUGAAGACAGCAAUUUGACAGUUAUAAACAAAACUACAGUUCAACUUCAACUUCAUAAUUAUGGAGAACCAUUUUCUAAAGUGGUAUGCAAUGUCCAGUGUUCUAAAACAAGGGUUGUCAUAUGUGGAACACAAUUUUGCAUGGGCUAUCUGCCGGACAGGCCAGCCAAUUUAGCCUGUGUCAUACAAGAGUACUCUGAUUGUAUGAUAUGUACUUGGGAUCCAGGCAAGGACACCUAUUUAAACACUAGCUACAACCUAUAUUUGAAGAGUGUACAGACAAAAGAAAAUAAAACCUUUAAUGCAAACAGUGCCUUGAACGGUGUAAACAUCCCCCUGAACCAACUGCAGAAGAACCAGACCUUUUCUGUUUCAGUCUGUGCUAAAAAUGCACUGGGCGCUGCCCAUUCAGAUCAGCUGCUGGUUGAACUCCACAAUAUAGUGAUACCAGCUUUACCUGUUAUUACCCAGAAUAAAACUAUAGACUCUCCGAUACGUAAGACUAUAAUGCAGUGGGAAGAGCAAAGUGCAUCCAAUGAGACUUCUUGUGAAGAGCGAUACAAGGAGAUGGCAAGUGAAAAAUGGCAUGUUCGAGAAUGGGAUGCAAGUAUACAGAGGAUGCAUCGCACAGAGUACAACUUAAAUGCAAACACAAUGUAUGAGUUUCAAGUUAGAUGCAAAUUUACUCAUGUUGGAAGCAUUUGGAGCAAAUGGAGUGAAUCUGUUGUAUACAAGACUCCAGAGGCUGAACCAUCUUCAAUACUUGAUGUGUGGAGGUAUCUGGGACCAACUUACCAGAAUGGUAGCCAAGAGGUGACCAUCUUGAUCAAGCCAUUUCUUCCACAUGAGAGCAGAGGAAGAAUUCUGGGUUAUAGAAUAUUCUAUGAAUGCCAAGGAGAAAUGAUAGAUUUAUGUCAAACAACAGAAACAAAAUGCAAAGUGUUGGUGCCUCCAGCUGUGACCAUUGUCUAUGUGACAGCACACAAUUCGAAAGGAAGUUCUAGUCCAGCAAAUAUUACAAUGAACCAACAACCCCAACAUUACCAUGAUUCUCUACCUCCUACCAAUAUGCAAAUAAUUGAGGAUGAACAUAAAGGAAUUUCUGCUACAUGGGAACCUCCGAAAUCCAUUGGAAAAUCAGUAUUAUGGUACAUAGUGGAAUGGACACCAGCAGAUUUCAGUCACAACAUUCAUGGCAUUAUGUGGGAAAAGGUCCCUGUCCAGAACACAACAACUUAUGUCAAAGAGGAUCUCCAAGUGGAACGUGACUUCAACAUUUCAGUAUAUGCAGUGUAUCAAGACAGCACCAGUGAGCCCUGCACCCUCCAGAAAUUGGUGAAAAAAAAUGAAGCUAGACAGACUGAAAAUAUCUCUACAGCUACCAACGGUGAUGUUGAUACAGAUGUUGGAGUGCUCUUGGGGAUUAGCUUUGGAGUGGCCUGUUUCUCUGUAUUUACUUUGGCUUUGGCUGCUAAGAAAGCAUGCAGGAAAAGAGUUAAAGCAGUGUUUAGUUCAGUAAAACCAGCAUGGCUUUUUGAAGAUUAUCCUAAACUGCAGAACAGCAAUGUGAUCAGAUCACUUCAGGGAAAAAAUAGUUCUGCAGCCCACGAUGCUGCUCCUCUAUUUGCGGAUUAUGCAGAUGCUGUAGUAACUGAAGUGGAGGAGAUCAUGGUACACAAACAACAUAAAACUUUGGAUGAUGAAAAGGAAACCAGGGAAGACAUUUCUUUGAAAGUUAAUUUCCCAGAAGACACGGCUGUCGGCAAUUCAGACAUGCCGGAGGAAAAUGGCUACAAGCCUCAGGUUUUCAACAAGACAUUCCAAGGAAGUGUAUUCAAUGGUGGGCUUGACAUACAUUCUCAAAACCCAGGUGUAAAAUCAACUUUGCCCAUGAAUAGUUUUGUAAGAGAUUACACAAAUCCCAUGAUUGCUUUAUGCCCUGUUGCUGGAACUGAUGAAAAUAUGUUUUUAGUUGAGAAAAUCAGUCUUGUUUUGAACAACAGUAGAAAUGAACAGAACAAUAUGGUCAGCUCAGCAGUUGAAGAAUCAGAUACACCAAUGGCAAACCAAUGGAAGUCUCUGCUUUCAGGUGAAGAUAUUCAAGAACAGACUUUAAUACCAGAUGAAAUGCUUUCUGGCUUAAAAGCUGUGAAUUAUGGAGGUUCUCCCAAUGUGAUGGGUUAUUUUACUCAGAACACUGCAAAAUGA